AUGGCAAAAAUGUACAUGAAAUCGAAGGAUAUAGUGGAGCUGGUCAACACACAAUCCUGGAUGGACAAAGGUCUGAGUUCUCAAAAUGAGAUGAAGGAACAAGAGAGAAGAUCAGGCUCUUAUGGGAUGCUUGGAACCUUAGCUGAAGAGCAUGACAGUAUUGAAGAAGAGGAAGAAGAGGAAGGUGAUGGAGAGAAACCUAAAAGAAGAGGUCCCAAGAAAAAGAAGAUGACCAAAGCACGCCUGGAGAGGUUCAGGGCUCGAAGAGUCAAGGCCAAUGCUAGAGAGCGGACCCGGAUGCAUGGCCUAAAUGAUGCCUUGGAUAAUCUUAGAAGAGUCAUGCCAUGCUACUCUAAAACCCAAAAACUUUCCAAGAUAGAGACUCUUCGACUGGCAAGGAACUAUAUCUGGGCCUUGUCUGAAGUCCUGGAGACUGGCCAGACACUUGAAGGCAAGGGAUUUGUGGAGAUGCUCUGUAAAGGGCUCUCUCAGCCCACAAGCAACCUGGUUGCUGGAUGCCUCCAACUGGGACCUCAGUCUGCCCUCCUGGAGAAGCAUGAGGAAAAAUCUCCAAUUUGUGACUCUACUGUCUCUGUCCACAGCUUCAACUAUCAGUCUCCAGGGCUCCCCAGCCCUCCUUAUGGCCAUAUGGAAACACAUCUUCUCCAUCUCAAGCCUCAACCAUUUAAGAGUUUGGAAGACUCCUCUUUUGGGAGCCAUCCACCUGAUUGCAGUACCCCACCUUAUGAGGGUUCACUCACACCACCACUGAGCAUCAGUGGCAACUUCUCCUUGAAGCAAGGUGGCUCCCCUGACUUGGAAAAAUCCUACAGCUUCAUGCCACAUUAUACCUCUGCAAGUCUAAGUUCAGGGCAUGCACACUCUACUCCUUUUCAGGCUGGCACUUCACGCUAUGAUGUUCCUAUAGACAUGACCUAUGAUUCUUACCCCAACCAUGGUAUUGGAACUCAGCUCAAUACUAUCUUCACCGAUUAG